AUGCCAAUGUUGACUGCUCCAAGUACAAUUGUUAGCUCGCCUCUUUGCCAGCAGAUGCCAAUGUUGACUACUCCAAGUACAAUUGUUAGCUCACCUCUAUUGCCAGCAGUUUGUGUUUUCAUUGUUCACCGACUUCCUUGCCUUCGUCUUUUUCAUCGCUAUGAUCUUCCUCUUAUCUUCCAAGCUGCACCCAGAAAACUGUCUGAGAAGAUAAUCUGCAGAGCAGGCGACUUGCAAUCUACUGAGUUGAAGGCUCUAAAAGCAAGCUAA